ACUCCUCCCCUGAGGCUUCGAGCGAAGCCAGUCCGUGGCGCCUUGCGUCACACGUUAGUAGUGACGCGCCACGUCGCGCGUGGGGUUCCGCCUCCUCCCCAGGAAGCGCUGCGGAGCGUGCGAGCGAGCCAGCCAGGAGCCCUCCCUGCGGCGCACCUGCCCGGCUGCGCGUUCAGUCCGCCAUGGGGGGCUCCCUAGCCCCCAACAGCUCCCUCUUUGUCACGCCCAGGCCGGGCUCUCUGCCAAGCAGCAGUGGCGGCGCUUCCACUUCGCCCGGGGGUGGGGCAGACUAUCGUGGCUGCGAGAACGGGGCCCUGAUGGACAGCUUCGGCAUCUUCCUGCAGGGGCUCCUCGGGGUCGUGGCCUUCAGCCUCCUCAUGCGAUUCCCUCAUGUGAAGAGGCUUCCACGUGUUAAUCUGUAUAUACAUAUGGACACGUCCCUUUCAUGCCUCCCCAGAACUUUGAAACGCUUCAGAGAACCAAAGCAUGAAAGACGUCCUUGGAGAAUUUGGUUUUUGGAUACUUCCAAACAAGCCAUAGGGAUGUUAUUUAUCCACUUUGCCAAUGUGUAUUUAUCAGACCUUACUGAAGAAGACCCUUGUUCACUGUACCUAAUUAACUUUCUGCUAGAUGCCACCUUAGGAAUGUUGCUAAUUUACGCUGGUGUGCGGGCAGUAAGCAGCAUUGUUGAAUGGCAGCAGUGGGAGUCUCUUCGCUUUGGUGAAUAUGGUGACCCCCUUCAGUGCAGUGCUUGGGUAGGCCAGUGUGCAUUGUACAUAGUGAUCAUGAUGUUUGAGAAAACCAUCAUAAUAAUUGUUCUCCUAAUACCUCAGUGGAAAGAGGUAGCUUUAUUGAAUCCUAUAGAGAAUCCUCAGCUGGAGUUGGCUAUUGUCAUGCUAAUAGUGCCCUUCUUUGUAAAUGCAUUCAUGUUCUGGGUAGUUGAUAACUUCCUCAUGAAGAAAGGGAAAACAAAAGCUAAACUGGAAGAAAAAGAAGCAGGGCAAGAUACAAGGAAUGGAAGCAAAGUUCGAUACAGGAGAGCGGCGUCACACGAAGAAUCUGAAUCAGAGAUCCUAAUUUCGGCAGAUGAUGAAAUGGAAGAAUCAGAUGUUGAAGAUGAUCUUCGGAGACUGACUAAUUUAAAGUCUGUCAAGAAAAAGAAGCAUCGAUUUGGUCUGCCUGUAUGACAGGUUCUGUGGCCUGCACAUUUGCAGGUUUUAUGACAGCAAUGUCCACAGUCAGUGGAUUUUCACUUGAUCACAUUAUGCUUAUUACCUGAAAACUGUGACUCAAAGAAGCAGAAUAUGGACAGUUGGAAAAGCUACUAGUUCAGUUGCACUAUGGAAACACUGACCAAAUAUGCAAGAGUAUAUUUUCAUCAUGUGUGGAAAAGUUCUUGUCACCGAAGUGAUUUGGAUGUGAUCCUUCAGAAGAGACGCCAUAGAACAUCAUUGUUUCAUCUGAGGUUCCUGAAUGAUAUUCUGAAAGAGACAUCAGAUUAACAAAGUUGGAAUCAGUAUGUUUUAUAACUACAAACUGGCCUUUGCAACGUAUUCCUAGAACAGAAUUGUUUUACAGUUACAAAUUGUAACUUAACAUUCUUAUGUAAGUUUAGUUCUUAAGGGGUACUUAUGAAACUAAUAGGCUGAUCAAAAAAAAUUUUUUUUUUCAAAUCUAUCUGAACUUUUAUAUUUAAGUUAUAUUUUCAUACUGGGAUAUUUAAGGAUUGUGUUUGUCAAAGAAAAUUAUGUUACUUUUUGUGUGCAGUAAAAAGGUCAAAAACUUGCAGUAAAAAUAUUUUAAAAUGUGUCUGUCACAUAAUGGCAUGUAACGUGAUAAAGGGAAACGGUGGCCAACUGGCUACUAGGUAUACAUAGUCUUGAACUGGAGUGCGGUUGAACCAAAGCACAGUUCUGUAGCAUGCAUACUGUUCUGUGUGUACAUGGUCCUGUUCACUUUAGCAUAAAAGCAACAAGUAUUUCAAAUGUUUCUUCUAUUUGUCAACUGAACAUUUUAGAGACUUUAGUAAUGUUGGCUUCUUAAGUACUUGUAAGUAGUCUGAUCCCGUAUCUCAACUAUUCCAAAGCUGAAGCAACAUUCCUUAAAAACAAACAAACCACCUUUCCUCGAAAAGAUAACAUAGCACAGUUGGGCCUUUGUGUGAUCCACAACUAUGAAUACUGAUGUAACAGGAGUUGUAAUUCUGUUUCUCCUUGGAGCAUUUUUGUUGAUCCUUAACAUGAUUCAGUUGACAACCAUAAAGGCACUAAUGACUUUAUCAGUAGUUUAUCCCUCAGUUUCCUAAAAAACAAACCUGUCUCAUUUCAGCUGAAAUAGACCAGAGGUGUAGUGUGCAUAAUUCAUCUGUUCAUCUAUUUACAUCAAGGUAGUGCAGCUUUUGUUGUUCGGCUAUCCUGUGGUUACUGAAAAUGAUAUCUGUCAAUGGAAUACUGAUUUGGCGUCCAUGAGUUACUUUGAUACUAGUUACUGUUUUGAGAGUUUUCCAUCUCAUUUAAAUCUUUGGUACUACAACACAGGAAAAGUGAUUUCAGAAAAAAAUGCAAACAUGUAACUUAUACAGUAUCUGAGUAUCAGACUAUAUUUCAAGCCUUAAAACACUUUCAGUGGCAAGAGCUCAGACUUUUCAAAGAUACUUUUUUUACAGUUUUAUAUGUGUAGUCUGCGCUAAACGUGGUAAGCUGCACAAGUUGCUUGUGUUGGGGGGCUGUGAUUGGGCCUUAGAAGGAAAAAGCUCCAUUGCUGUUUUUUGCUGUUUUAAUAGCAGGAGUUUGCCUCACUUACCCUGCUGCCCAUAAGAGGCAUCUUACUGGACCAUGGCAUUUCAAAGCGACAUUCUAAACGGUGUUGUUUUGCACUGCAACUUACUUGCAAUACAUUGUUACCUGUUGGUGUUCAGGUUAAAAACAAAGGGAAACCAAUGUUUAUUUAAAUAUAAAGCGAGAUAAAGCCUCUAUUAGGAGGCAGAGAAAUGUUCUUGAUCAAUGUUGCCGCCUAACUUACUAAUUUUUUAUAUAUUUUCACUGUAUAUUUCUAAUUGUAUAAAUAACUGUUCUGUUGAGAAUCAUACCCUAAGGAAGGUUCUCACAUACCUUUGUGAGAUUCUUAGGGCCAAAGUUACAUGCAAAGAGGUCCUUCCUCCGCAGUGCAUCCACAUCCUUAACCUCAGUGUGAUUCAUAUGCAAAUAAGAGGCAGGCCCUCAUCUGGAAUUGGGGGCCACAGCACAGGGCAAAGUACCUCUGCACUUUCCCAUGCCCAGGUCCCAUUGCAUAUUGGGGGGCCUGCAUAUGUAAUUUACUUUUUAAAAAUCCAUUCAUGGAUUCAUAAUUGUGCGAAUGGCAUCUCAUCUGUGCAGGACAGCAGAUGCAGAUACAAUUUGUCAAUUGAACUGACUUUACAAAUGGAUAUGAGACCUGCUAUAUGCCAUUUACCUUUUCAUUCUAAUAACAGAGAGCUGACUAAAUCCAAAAGCUUAACUUGAUUCAUUUCUUCCUGUGGCUUCAAUUGUGUAAAAUGUCUGUUUUAAGCAGUGUUGGGAUGGGAGAGUCUUAAAAAACAAACAAACCCAAAGCCUUAAAUGUGUUAAAUAUUCCAACUUUAAGCAGACCUCAUUUUAUUGAAUAGCACUAGGCAUCAUAGAGCAGCUUAUUUUAAAAAAUCUGAAGAAAGGAGGGUACACUAUUUUGCUUUUUGCUGCAUUGUUGUAUAGCACAAGAGUGUGUGUCGUACAGCCUGACAAAAUGAAGCACUACUGGCCAAAGGUGGGGUUUGCAAUGCUCAGAUGUCAAUAAGUGGACACUGAGCACAUUUAAGAAGAAAAAUAAUUGCCUUUACCUGGUUGAGCAUUCUGUUUCCAGUAGCAGUCAGCCAGAUGCCUUUCAGCUGUUAAGCAGGGAUUAAAAUUGAUGGCAUCCUCCUUUGAAGUCCCCAGUAACUGGUGUUUAGAGGCAUACUACUUCUAUACAAAGAAGCUCCAUGCUGAUAUCAUGACUGAUAAAUCAGUUGUCCAUAAACAUUCAUAAAGCUAUCAAAGCUGAUGGUCAUCACUUUAUCUCACGGCAGUGAAUUCCAUGGGUUAUGCACCAUGUGAAGAAGUUGAUUGAUGGCUUGAAUAUACAUUCAGUAAGCAAUUCUGUAAAUUAAAUUAUUUAUUUUAUUGCACCUUUCCAAAAGUAGAAAAAGAAAACUUUGUGGUGGGGGGAGGGGGAUUCAUCUUAGCUAACAUUGAACAAAUGGCUGUGUUCUCUUCUUUCCAGGGAAAGUAGUACCUAGUGCUUCAUUUUGUCUUGCACUUAAAUUGAUUUGAGUGCUUUGGCAUAUUCUUCAGUGAGUUUUGACAGUUGGAAGAGGACAGAGAAAGUAGGCAAGAUGUAAAUUGAUCUCCAAAAAUCAAUUUGUAAAGAUCUCAUCACAAAAAAGUGUACUUCAGUCUCUGCUUUAGAAAUCUGAUUCUAAUGUGACUAACGUGAUUCAGUUCUCCCUAUACUUAAAACAGAAAUAAUACUGUGCUGAAUUUGAUAGAGAGACUAAGAGCUUCCCCUUGUCAAAUGGAUGAGAUCUAGAAAUGAAAUAGACCAUGAUUUGCCUCAUUGACUGGAUGAUAUCAUGUGCCCAACAUAAUUAUUUUGGACAUCCUGUGGUCAUUACGUAGUCAUCCUUUUCUGGUUUUAAUGUAUUAAUGUCUCCUUGACUAUCUUUAAAUGAAAUGUUGUAUAUUAAUGUUGCUGAUAAAAUGUGUUCCAAGCUUCUCUUCAGGGAAAAGACCUUAUACUUGUUGAAUUGUGAAACAAAUUACCGCAAUGCAGUGUUGCAAAGGCAUUCCCUCACAAGCAUGUGCUUGGUUUCCAACUAUGCCUUGCUGGAAGGAAAGUGGUGGGAGGAGGGCUAUUCAGCUUUAAUGUUUCUAUUUUGAAAGCCAGGCAUCAGUGCCCUUGUGCAUUGCUAACUGCAGAUCUGUAGUAUGCAUACAAAAGUAGUGUGAUGGCGAGCGCACACAAAUCCAGCCACAUCAGUUCAUGGGAGACUUGCAAUACAUCAAAACUUAUUUUUAAGGGAUGCUGUUUGUAAUUAGGAUUUUGUGUGUAUUUGGAGUUUAAAAUGAAGGUGGAAGUAAGGCCGUGAGAUUAAAAUUGUGAGUCAAGAUGCCCUCCAGAUCAUGCUUAACAGAUGGUGUUUCAUUAAAAUGGAAAGAAUGUUAUAUACCUAAAUGAUGGUUUACA